AUGGGGAUGCGACUUGAAGAAGGUAUCCAAGAAGGCUGUCUAGUCAAAGAAGCUGGUUCAUCACUAUUUGGUGGUGGAACUAAAAGGUUUUGUAGAGAUUUCUCCAAGAAGAAGGAAGAAACUAAAAAUCUGGUACAAUUGAGGGAUCCACCUCCUCCUCUUGCUAAUCCUUCGUUCUGGUAUAAAGCAGAUGCUCACUGUGCUUUCCACAAAAAUGCUCCUGGUCAUACUGUGGAAAACUAUUACCCUCUUAUGAGUGAAUUCCAAAAAAUGAUCCGAAGUGGUAUGCUUGCCUUCAAAGAUGUUAAUCCUAAUGUGCAAGUCAAUCCACUACCCAAUCAUGGGACUGUCAAUGCUAUCCAGACUCAAGCCACUUAUGAAUACAUACAUGAUAUUUGUGAAUCAACUCAAUCCUUGGUGAAUAUGCAUGCUGUCUUAUGUGAACUUAACUACUUUCCUCCACAUGACUAUGAUGCUUGUCCAAUAUGUUCCAACACCAUUCGUGGAUGUACUCUCGUAGUUGAAGAUCUUCAGAAACUGUUGGGCAGAGGAAUCAUCAGUAUAACAAGGAAGAAAAAAAAUGAAGAAGCUCAUUCUGUCAACAUGGUGCAUGGAUGCCCUGGAAGAUACCAAGUCUGGGAUAUUCGUUUCAUCAGAGAACCAUUGGUCCUAAUGCACGUGAGACUAUGCCGGUUGGCUUUCUUUCAACACAACCAUGCCGUCUGUGAAGUCUGUUAUGAAAAUCCUCGUGAUUAUCGUCAAGUCAGAAGAGAAAUUCAUAAAAUGUUGGAUGAGAGGACUCUCCACAUUACUUAUGAAAGAGAUGAGGACAAUAACAUUAAUGUGGUGACUGCCGAGUUCCCAGUUCCCGAAGUUGUGGAAAUAUCAUAUGAUAGUCAAAACAUGGCUGUCAUCCCUCUCACAAUUCAAAUGCCAAAACCAUUUCCUUACAACUCAAGUACUACUGUUCCUUGGAGAUAUGGAGCUACCACCAUAAUUGAGAAAGAAGAAUAUGAGAUUGGUCCUGAGCCAGCUAUUGUGAACAUUGCUGAUAUGAUCCAUAUGACUCAAAGCGGUCGUUUGUUUGCACCAGUUCUUCCUAAACCAAGAAGUAAUUUGCUUGUACAAGUUACUCCUCAGAAGGAUGUGCCUAGGAAAGAGCCUGUUAUCACUGAACCUGUCUUUGAGACUAAAGACGAUGACAUGGAAGAGUUCCUAAAUCUAAUUAAGAAGAGUGACUACAAGGUGGUAGAGCAACUUCUUCAGACACAAUCAAAGAUAUCUCUGUUGUCCUUGCUAGUACACUCAAAAGUUCACCAAAAUGCACUAAUGAAAGUCUUAAAGCAAGCCUACAUUGAGCAAGAUGCAACCCUCGAACAAUUUGACAAUGUUGUUUCCAAUAUCACCGUCAACAAUGUAUUGAGCUUUAGUAAAGAAGAACUUCCCUCAGAAGGGCUGGAGCACAAUCAUGCCCUACACAUAUCCAUGAAAUAUGGAGAAGAUACCCUGACAAAUGUGCUAGUUGAUAUUGGUUCAUCCUUGAAUGUCAUGCUUAGGAGCACCUUAGAGAGAUUGUCCUAUCAAGGGGCAACUAUAAGGCUGAAUGGGAUUGUUGUGAAAGCUUUUGAUGGUUCAAAAUGCAGUGUGAUUGGAGAGAUUGAUCUACCUAUCCGCAUCGGACCUCGUGAUUUUGAAAUCACCUUUCAGAUAAUGGAUAUCUAUCCAGCUUAUAGCUGUUUGUUGGUAAGACCUUGGAUUCACAAUGCUGGAGCUGUCACUUCCACCCUUCAUCAAAUGCUGAAAUUUGCUGUGAGAGACAAGUUGAUAGCUGUUUAUGGAGAACAAACUAUAUUAUCUCUUUAUAAACCCGUUGAAAACAAUGAUCCUAGGCCCCCUCCCAACUUUGAAUACCCAGUGUAUGAAGCCGAGGAAGAAAGUAGUGAAGAAAUCCCUGAGGAGAUCUCCCGUCUACUUGAGCACGAGAAAAAGAUCAUUGACCCGCACAAAGAGCCUUUGGAAGUAAUCAAUUUGGGUACUGAAGAAGAGAAAAGAGAAAAGAAAAUUAGGGUAUUAUUAGAAGCAGGCACCAAAAAGAAAAUGGUUGAAUUAUUGAAAGAGUAUGUGGAUGUCUUUGGUUGGAGCUAUCAAGAUAUGCCCGAGUUGGAUACCAACAUUGUAGAGCAUAGAUUACCACUGAAAUAG